CAACAUGGGAGGACCAUGCUAUGUGAUGAACGAAGAGGGCAAGCUCGAGAGCGGCCCAUCAUGCACAGACAACUUCCAAGUGGUGAAGUUUGUCUACGAGGGGGAUGAGUGGCACUCUGUCGAGCAGUGCUUCCAGGCAGUGAAGUACGAGGGUCCGAUCCGGGAGAUGAUCCGAUCGACCCUGCCUGAGGGCUCGAAGUCCGAGUACAUGUACGGCAUUGAUGUAUGGAGACUCGGCCAAAAGUAUGGCCAGGAGAGGAGGCCUGAUUGGAAAGAGGUGAAGGUGGAGAUUAUGUAUAAGAUCAACCAUGCAAAGUACUUGCAAAACCCCGAGUUGCAAGAACAACUCGCCUCUACGGGGGAAGGGUUGAUCUGGGGUGAAGCCAGUACCGAUAACUGGCAGAUCUGGAACAGCAUUAUCCAGAUGCAACUCCGAAAGGAGAUUGUUGAGGGGAAACUCGAGCAAGGUCCUCUCGAGGGCGAACCGCUCAAAGAGGCCUUGCGUGGGUACCUUCAGGUGCUGUACCAGUAUGACUUGGUUGAUUCCAUGGAGUAUGUUUAAACCCAUGAGAUAUGUCCUCGCCACGAAGAGUGUGGUUGGUGGAUACUCUGAUACAAAAACACCUUAAAAUGAUAAGACUUUAAAAAAAUAAGAAUUAGAACAAUUAAAAUGAAUAAAAACUGAUAAAAUCGC